GACGUCAGGCGCCGGGCGGGUCGGGUCGGGCCGGGCCGGGCGGACCGUGUCCAUGUUGGAGCGGCGAGGGGCGGCGGCGGCGGCCAUGAACGGCAUCACUAGGUGCCGCUUUGAGGUUUUUUCAAGCAAUGAUGAAUCGCUCAUCAAUAAAAAACUCCCCAAAGAGCUUCUGUUGAGAAUAUUUUCCUUCUUGGAUGUUGUCACAUUGUGUCGGUGCGCUCAAGUUUCCAAGGCGUGGAAUAUCCUGGCAUUGGAUGGCAGCAACUGGCAGCGGAUUGAUUUAUUUAAUUUUCAGACGGAUAUAGAGGGUCGUGUUGUGGAAAACAUCUCUAAACGUUGUGGUGGAUUUCUUCGACAACUCAGCCUGCGCGGAUGCCUUAGCAUUGGUGAUGCUUCUCUGAAGACCUUCGCGCAGAACUGUAAGAAUAUUGAAGAUUUAAAUCUCAAUGGUUGCACAAAAAUUAAUGAUAGCACCUGUGUCAGCCUUAGUAAAUUUUGCACUAAACUGAAAAAUCUAGAUCUCACAUCUUGUGUAUCUAUAACAAACAACGCGUUAAAGGCUUUGAGUGAGGGCAAUCGAAACCUUGAGCAUUUAAACAUUUCCUGGUGUGAUCAGGUGACCAAGGAUGGGAUAGAGGCUCUAGUGGGAGGAUGCAGUGGUCUGAAGGCCAUGUUUUUAAGAGGGUGCACUCAGCUCGAUGAUGACUCGCUGAAACACAUUCAGAUCCAGUGUCCAGAACUAAUGACACUUAAUUUGCAAGCAUGUUCACAAAUCACAGAUGAAGGAUUAGUAAGUGUUUGCAGAGGUUGCCACAAACUCCAAUUUCUCUGUGUGUCUGGAUGUGGAAAUAUUACUGAUGCUUCCAUAACCGCAUUGGGAUUGAAUUGUCCUAGAAUAAAGAUCUUGGAGGUAGCGCGAUGUUCACAUUUGACAGAUGCUGGCUUUACAGUGUUAGCAAGAAAUUGUCAUGAACUUGAAAAAAUGGAUCUGGAGGAGUGCAUUCUGAUCACAGACAACACGUUGAUUCAAUUAUCGAUUCACUGUCCGCGGAUUGAGGCACUGAGUUUGUCUCAUUGUGAACUGAUUACAGAUGAUGGGAUUCGUCACCUUAGUAACAGUCCCUGUGGCCACGAAAGACUGCAGAUUGUGGAACUGGACAAUUGUCCUCUCAUCACCGACGUGACACUUGAACAUCUGAAGAGUUGUCACAACCUGGAGAGAAUAGAACUGUACGACUGCCAGCAAGUUACUCGGGCAGGAAUCAAAAGAAUAAGGGCCCAUCUACCUGACAUUAAAGUUCAUGCUUAUUUCGCCCCUGUUACGCCACCACCUUCAGUGGGUGGCAGUGGACAACGACUCUGCAGAUGCUGCAUCAUCCUUUGACGUGAAAGAGAGCUGUAAAAGAAUUCUUUCUGCACCAGUGAUGGAAACUCCCAGUAAGGGUAAAGCUCUUGGGAGAAAUCACUACACAACUGAUUCAUUAUCUCCAAGUCAAACUGAAAACGAGCAAGGAGAAUGGAGAAAGCUCUGGAUUUGGACAAGAAAGAUUAAGAGUGUGAAGAUAUAAAAUUCCAUUCCAUAUGGUAAUGCAUUCAUUUAAAUAUAAUAUCCUACAUGCUUUCUCCUCUCAAACUGCAUCCGAUAGCUUCAAAAGAUGCCCAUAAUAUACUGAAUUCCGCCUUCAGUCAUAGUACUGGUCGCAUCACUAACCAAAAUGUAUUGUAAUGUCAUGUAUUUGAACAUGCAUGUAGCUUACAAAGUCAAAUUGGUUAAUGAGCUUCUAUUGAAAGUGUAAUGUUUGGAAUAAUUCUUCUGUUUCUAUACACGCUAAGAUGCCAAAGGACAUAUCCGUGUUUGGCAGCAAUCAGAUCGAUAAAGGAAUGAAAUUGCAUCUUUUACUUUUGCUGGACAUUUUCAUAACAUUCCACUGAAUGAUGUGCUGGGCAUUUUAUUUAAGAAGAAUACAAAACCAGUGAUAGUUUUUGUGAGGACAUAACCUGCCUGUGAAAAACUAGCGUGCAAGACUUUUGAUUUAAAUAUGAAGAAGCGAUGACGGUUUCAAGAAUCAAAGUGAGUUUAAAAACUGUCAGCAUAAUAGCAAGGAAAGUUUUAGAAAAUUGGGAUCAGGAAUAAAAAUUCAUGAAUGUGGUGGUCAUGGAAAGUUUUUGUUUCUAUUAUUUCUGUGGAGGGACACUCUACAUCUCUUUUUUACAGAAAUUAUUGUGACUUGACAUUAAGAUUUGACAGAAUUAGAUACUGUUGAUUUCAUUUAAAUUUACCCGACAAAGGCUUUUUUGGGUUAAAUCAUGUGAAAAGGUAUAAUUUAUGUCCAAAAUGUAUGUGAGAAAAUUACACAAAGAAAUGUCAUCAUUUCACUGUAACUUCUGUUGUCACAGCGCUAAGAUGCUGUUGUAAAAACUAGAUUAAAAUGAUACUUACUGUU